UCCUCCAAGUCCCUCCAAGUAUCAUCCAACCGGGGCCACGAACACUUGAAUCAACUUUGCUUGUUGCUCCCUUACUGGGAUGGCACAACAUUCCAACAUCGCCCGGUCGGCCAUCAUAAGCUCCGCCGACCACGCCCGACCCUGACAGCUCCGGACCAGCAGCACAACAUGGAGCAGAGACCCGGCGAUGGCAACACAUCCAACGGGCCGAGCCUGGCUCCGGGAAAAGAUGGCGCUAAUAUGCCUCCUCCCAAAACCGUGGUCGGGCGAGCGCUAGGAAAUGACCUGCAUUCCGAUGCCCACAAAGCCUUACAGGCGCCCAAGGCGGAGUCGGAACCGCACUGUCUGACACUCCGAUUUCUACCGCACCUCCGUCCCCACAAAUCCACCACUCUUGACAUUCCUGGUUUGACUAAGUCCAAGGUCUCUCCCGAUGGUCGAAUUGCUCAGCGCGAUGUCGGUGCAAAGCUUGUUAUUGUCAUGGUUGGCCUCCCGGCCAGAGGCAAAAGUUACAUAACCAAAAAGCUUGCACGUUAUUUGAACUGGCUCCAACACGACACCGAGAUCUUUAACGUCGGUCAACUCGCUGCGGGAAAGUCACCCACUCCAGCACCAACAAAGCUCGACCGGAUUCCAGAACAUAGCCUCAGCCCGCCAAACGUACACAAAGACCUUGUUGAUUCGGUACGCCGACUCAUCUCUGAAAACAGGAGCACUGUGGUUCCUUCUAUAGACGCCAGUCCUGGCCAGUUGGCCGUGGAUGUAGAGGCCACCAAAGAAGCAUCACCGGAGCCGAUGGACCAGUCUGCGAGCUUUUUCGAUCCUCAGAAUCAGCGUGCAGUCAAGAUGCGCGAGCAAGUCGCCCUUGACACUCUUGAUGAGCUACUUGAAUACAUUCUGGUGCAAGGCGGCAGUGUCGGCAUUCUGGACGCAACUAACAGCACGAUGGAGCGGCGAAAGGCUAUUGUGGAUCAUAUCCGCAAACGCGCUGGUCCUGAACUCAACAUUCUGUUCCUCGAGAGUAGCUGUGUUGACCAGACCCUACUGGAGGCUAACAUGCGACUCAAGCUCUCUGGACCUGACUACAAGGGUCAGGACCCCGUCUCCGCACUUGCGGAUUUCAAAAAGCGUGUCGCUCUCUAUGAAAAUUCCUAUGUCCCCCUGGGAGAAUACGAAGAGCAGCACGAUAUGGCCUACAUCCAAAUGAUCGAUUCGUUGCACACCAAACUCACGGCUUCCUCUCUUCCCAGGUCGUCUACUUAUUUGCUGAACUUCAACUUGUCUCCACGGCAAAUUUGGAUCACACGUCACGGCGAGAGUCUUGACGACCGCGCUGGCCGAAUUGGCGGAGACUCUAGUCUUAGCGAUAACGGUCGCAGAUAUGCUAAAGCCCUGGCUAACUUCAUCGACCAUCAGCGUCGCAAGUGGGAGGCUCAUCAAGCAGAAAAGGACAUCAUCAAUAAUUUCCCGCCGCGUCCAGGUGACACAACCCCGCCAAAUCCCUCUUGGAGGCCCCGUGACCGACCUCGCAAUUUCUGUGUUUGGUCCUCUAUGAUGCAACGUUCCGUUCAGACCGUGGAAUACUUCAAUGAAGAACAGUACGAUAUCAAGCAAAUGCGCAUGCUGGACGAGAUUCACUCUGGGGUAAUGGAGGGAAUGACCUACAAGGAAAUUCAGCAGCAGUUCCCCGAAGAGUAUUUCCACCGCAAGAGGGACAAACUGUUCUACCGGUACCCUGGUCCAGGAGGCGAAAGCUACCUGGAUAUCAUCAAUCGCCUCCGAGCUGUCAUCGUCGAGGUCGAGCGUACUACUGACCACGUGUUGCUAGUCAGCCAUCGUUCCACUGCACGUGUACUGCUCGCUUACUUCCGGGGUCUGAAGCGCGACGAGGUCGCCAACCUGGAUGUUCCACUGGGUAUGGUGUACAUCCUAGAGCCCAAGCCUUACGGCGUUGAUUUCAAGGCCUACCUCUACAACCCCGACACUGAGUGGUUUGAUUACCAACCAGACUACGAGCUGCAUCAGGUCAAUUCCCAUCAACUUUGA